GUUUGAACUAAUGCUAUAUAUAUACAUGAGUCAAUUUCCAGAAUAAUCUAGAUUGGUUUUAAAAAUCAGUCUUUUAACAACAUAUUUGAGAGAGGGUUCAAGACUUAAAGAUGGCAAAGGUGAUCACACAGCAGACAUUUGAUGAUGUAGUAAGAGAGAAUAUGGAGGAGUUUGGAAUGGAAGCUGAUGAAGCUAUAGAUGAUGCUGUUCAGCAGUUUGAAUCACAGGGCAUCAACCUCAGUAAUAUUGUACAAGACGCAAGACUGUUUUCUGGACAAGGCGAUGCUGCUGAACACCCAGUCAUAUCAGCCAUUAAGAACCUGAAGAUUGGUCUUGACAGUGAAGAAUCUUCAUGUGCAGAAAUAACAGACUGUAUAGUAAUGAUCCGAGCUGAAUGUGAUGUUGAUCUGUCACGGCGAUGUCUAGCUGGAAAUAACCAAGCUUACCCAACACUGAUACAGGCAUUAGAAAAAUUUAUCACAGAUCACAAAAUGCUUCAAAAGAUUUUACUGACCUUACUGUCCCUUACUAAUGGCCAGCCAGACUUGCUGGAUAAUCACAGCUGUUCACUACUGAUGGACAUGUUGGGCAGUUUUAUGGACAAUGUGGAUGUGUUGUAUCUUACAGUUGGCCUCAUCAGAAACACAUGUACAAAGCAUGAAGAAAACCGACAGAUGUUUGUAAAGAAGGGCCUUAUUUCUAAAUUAUCUGAGGUGUUAAAUAUACAUAAAAACAGUGACAAAAUUGUGAUAGAAACUUGUGGAGCUCUGCGAGUGCUCACUUUCGAUGAUGACAUUCGAGUGCCAUUUGGCAAAGCACAUGAACACGCUAAAGCCAUUGUAACAGAAGGAAACGCUUUAGAAACACUCCUGAAUUUGUGUAGAGAUUAUUCUGAAAACCCAAGUGUCCUAAAGGAGCUGUUCUCCACACUGACUAAAUUGGUAGUGAGAUCAGAGUUCUGCCAGGCUGUCAUGGAAAUGGGUGGACUAGACUUCAUCCUGCGGGCUUUACAGAGCAGUGUUAAAGACAAGGGAGUAGUUAGACAAGCCCUUGGUCUCAUCAAAGCUUUGGCUGGAAAUGAUGAAGUAAAAUUAGAAGCUGUAAAGAGCAAUGCGUUAGAGAUCAUCUUGGUGGCCAUGAUCAAACACCAGGCUAAUUCAGCUGUGGCAGAGUUGUGUUGUGCUGCAAUAGCUACCCUGGUCCUUCGUAAUCCAGCUCAUUGUAAUGCAGUCAUCAGUCUGGCUGGUCAUCAAUCCAUUAUCCAGGCUAUGAAAAUUCACCCCAAGGAUGCUGGUGUACAGAAACAAGCUUGUAAUGCCAUAAGGAAUCUCGUGGCCAGAACAAGAGAACACUGUGACCCUAUAUUGGAAUUAGGUGCUGAGGCUCUCAUCAACGAAGCUCUUAAAAACCAUCCUGGAUGUGCAGAUGAUGCCAAAGCUGCUCUUCGUGAUCUAGACUGCCAAGUGGAAUUAAAAGUUUACUGGAAAGGAGAGGGGUCGAGCUUAGCUCAUGAUUAAUUAUAGACAUUAAGUGCCUUUUCUCAGUCAGAGUACUGUACAAUCAAACUUAGGAUUGUUAUAUUUUGUAAUUCUUAGUGAAAGAGUUCCUGCUGAUGUCCUUGACAGCGACUUCAUAUUUAUCAAAAAUGUCAUUUUAUCAUUAAAUGAUUUACAGCUAUCGUAAGUUACAGAUUGUUUUAGUGACUCUGUAGUUUAAAAUAUAUGAAAUACUUCAAAAAAUGGAAGGCAAUAUUUUAUAGAUGGCUCUAUUUCUAUUUCUUUGAUUGCAUAUGUAGGUUUUCUUCGGUUCCUAGUUGUGUUCAUUACCGUUGGUCUCUAUUUUUUCCAAUUUAAUUUUGAGUUUGAUCAGGUGAACAAUAAAGCCAAGAAAAUGACAAUGUCUGUUUGUUAUCACUACUUUUCAGAAAGCUCUUGUUAGAUCUUUCUUAGAUUUCAUAUGUAGGAUUCAAAUAAGAGGAAAAUGUGAAAUAAGGGAAAAGUAGAGAAAAGGUCAUAUACAGAAUGGAUAAAGAUCAUUAGAUGGUGGUCACUAAUUGCAAGAUCAUUCAGGGAUCUCUUGUUUUGUUGUGUUUCCUGAUAAUCAUGACAGAUUAUGUAAAGUUAAGCUUUAUUAUUAAAAAUAUACAUAAAACCCAUUGAUUACACAUAUAGUGGCAGGUGUAAAGUCAUUCAAUAUUGAUGUAGAUGAACUGUCCCUGGAUACACGGCUGAAUGCCAGAAUUUACAUCUAACAUUGAACUGAAGAAUCGGGGUAACAGGCACCUGUUAUGCAUUUAUUAUUUAAAUGCAUUGCUUCCUUAUGAAAUUUAAAUAAAUGAAAAACAUCGAAUAUGUUGCUUUUUGAUAGGCAAACAGUAUGAUACUGCCUGAUAUAUUCGUCAUUGCAUGAGUUAUCCGCCGUCCAUUUUGUUUUAUUUUUAUGAAUUCCUGGACACAUUUUGUAAACCUUUUACUUAGUCUUUAUAUAUAUAUUUGCGAAGUUUUUAAGAAAUUCAUGCAUGACACAAUAGUUCAUACUGUUAUGUUAGUCAUGUUGUAUUAGCUUUUGAUUAAUUAAUGUUCGUUUAUUCAUUUUUUUCCAUGAGUGUGUUUCCAAUGUAUUACUUGCGUCUAGUUCCUCGGGAAGUAAAUUAAUUACUACUAUUAUUAAA